CGCGGCCGGCGCCCAUGCGCGGAGAAGCGCGAGAAGAUGGCGGACAGUGCGGAACUGAAGGUUGAAAGAAUUAAUUUCAUACUAAUGAAGGUGGAAAUUACUGGUGCUCCUCAGAAGGGAAACUGAGCAAUAUGGCAAAUGGUUAUGAGCCUUAGAGUGUCAGAGCUCCAAGUGUUAUUAGGCUAUGCUGGACGGAACAAACACGGGCGUAAGCACGAACUCCUGACAAAGGCACUGCAUUUAUUGAAAGCUGGCUGCAGCCCAGCUGUUCAGAUGAAAAUUAAGGAACUAUAUAGACGGAGAUUUCCACAGAAGAUUGUGACUCCCACCGAUUUGAGCCUUUCUUCUGUCCAUGCAACUUCAGCUUCCAUGACCACGCCACUGUCGCCAUCUGCUAUCCCACAGCUCUCCUAUGAUGGGCAUGCAACAACAUCUCCGCUGCUUGCAGUUUCACUGCUGGGACCUAAACACGAGCUAGAUCUGCCACAUCUGACAUCAUCACUCCAUCCUGUCCAUCCUGAUGUAAAACUGCAGAAAUUGCCCUUUUAUGACAUUCUCGAUGAGCUGAUCAAACCGACUAGUCUAGCUUCGGAUAAUGGCCAGCGAUUUCAGGAGACUUGUUUUGCGUUCGCACUGACGCCGCAACAAGUUCAACAGAUUAGUAAUUCAAUGGACAUAUCGGGGACCAAGUGUGACUUCACAGUUCAGGUUCAGUUAAGGUUUUGUUUAUCAGAAACCAGUUGUCCACAGGAAGAUCAUUUCCCCCCAAAUCUAUGUGCGAAAGUUAAUGGAAAAACUUGUAAUCUUCCAGGCUAUCUACCACCAACCAAAAAUGGUGUUGAACCAAAGCGACCCAGCCGACCAAUCAACAUUACCUCACUAGUCAGAUUGUCCACAACGGUGCCGAACACGAUUGUGGUUUCGUGGUCAGCGGAAAUCGGAAGAAGCUACUCCAUGGCAGUUUACCUUGUAAAACAGUUGACUUCUGCUGUGUUGCUUCAACGACUACGAGCAAAAGGAAUAAGGAACCCAGACCAUUCCAGAGCAUUAAUCAAAGAGAAAUUAACAGCCGAUCCCGACAGUGAAAUUGCCACAACCAGUUUGCGGGUGUCUCUGUUGUGUCCUCUGGGCAAAAUGCGAUUGACGAUCCCAUGUCGUGCUAUAACCUGCUCGCAUCUACAAUGCUUUGAUGCAACUCUUUACAUUCAGAUGAACGAGAAAAAACCUACGUGGGUUUGUCCAGUGUGUGAUAAAAAGGGCCCUUAUGAACAUCUAAUUAUUGAUGGAUUAUUCAUGGAAAUCCUCAGUUGUUGCACGGACUGCGAUGAGAUUCAGUUUAAGGAAGAUGGGGCGUGGUCACCGAUGAGAACGAAGAAAGAAGUUCAGGAAGUGAAUUCUUCUUAUAAUGGAGUGGAUGGUGCAUGUCCAAGCUUAUCCGACCAGAGACAUUCGUCACAUAAUAGUAGGAAAGUUGAAGUGAUUGAUCUGACACUUGACAGUUCAUCAGAAGAAGAAGAUGAUGAGCCACCGGCAAAGAGAUACCCAGCAAUUUCUUCUCCAUCACCGCCCAUUAACAAAGGGGUUUUAAAUCUGCACCAUCAGACAUCACCAGUCACGAGAACUCCCAGCAUACCUACUCUGGACACAAACUUUAUUUCUGCUCCUUUUCAAGACUACCGUCAUUCUUACCAUUUACCAACGCUGCCGUAUGAAUUACAAGGUUUAGAUCUAUUUCCCUUCCUGCAAGGGGACAAUCAGCAUUACAGCACCUCCCUCCUUGCCGCCGCAGCUGCAGCAGCAAGCGCUUCAGAGGAUCAGGACCUCAUUCACUCCUCGCUCAAUCGAUUCUUUCCGUACAGCUCUUCGCAAAUGUUCCUGGAACAACCAAACUCGGCGCCUGUCAACACGCUGGCGGUGACCAACGGCAGCAGCAGCGGGAGCAACAGCAGCCUCGUCUCCUCCAGCAGCUUGCGGGAAAAUCUCGGACAUCCCGGGGCGACCCGGAGCGGUGUGGAAAAUGGCACCAUUUUUGGCACCAUACCAGAUGUUAUUUCAUUGGACUGACAUUUGAAAUAAUGGCUAACUUUUUUUGUGGUGGGUCUGGGAGGGGAAAAUAAAGAAGGAAAAAGUCUGGUUUGUUUCACCUUUUAAAAUAAAUUUAGAAGUGUAGAGGCCCUUUUUUUAAAUAAACAAAAAAAAAUUUAAAAAAGACACCAUGUACAGAGAACAAAAUACUAUAUUUUCAGUUAACUUUUGUAUAUAAAUUCAAGACUGUCUGUCUUUUAAGGUUAUUUCAGUUUACUUUGUGAAAGCAGAGUUUUUACGAUGUAUUUGUCUGUUUCGUGAUAUUCCUUUUUGUAUUGUUCGAUGGCAUUACUUCCACAGUUGACAUUAUUUGACUUAGAAAAUUUUCAUUGUACUUCACUGUAGAAUAUUUCUUUUGGAAAGAACUGAAAUGUCAAUGAUUGACAACGAUAUUUUCCUUUUUUGUGCAAAUAAUUUUAUUAUUCUUUAAGUUAUGUAAAGUAUCUUGACUGUUCCUCAUAUCAUUCCCUCUGCGUUUGCAGGAAGUAGCUUUGGGGAAUGCUCAAUACCGUACAGUUUUUCACCUUUGGGGAGGGUGGUGGUGAAGUUUGUGGACGACCCCUUCACAAAUUCCACAUCUUCCGUUUUAUAAAGUAGCAUUUUUCAAGCAUUAAGGAAUUGUAAUAAGGGAGAAAAUGUAUCCUUUUGUUGAACCUCUUAUUUUCCUGUUUCCCUGAAAAGCUCUAACUGUAGAAUGCCUCCAGUUUGUAUACCUGUUAUUUUUCUCUUUUAAAAAAAAAAACCUCAUUUCAUACACGUGCACUGUUUGCUCACUGGGCAUUGUCAUUGUCAUUUACAGCCAGCUUGCUAAGAAAAUGCCAGGUUGGGUGUGGAAUUUAUCCCUGUAUUUCAAGUGCCCUGUUUGGCAAAGCACCAGUUUCCACUGCAUGUUCCCAGUUGAAACGGGGGUGCCAGAAUUUGGGUACUUUUGGUGUACUGAUACAUCGCCCCAACUAACCACACUGCCACUCAUGUGACCCUCAGCUUUGUUUUCAUUCACGUUUCUUUAGUCUGUUGCUUGUUCAGUGCAUUAUGAUCUUUGCCAUGCGUGGAAGCAACCAACCAAAUUGUCCCCCCCCUCUCAAUGAAUGGUCCAUAUUCUCUGUUUGGAGUGUGACUGUCUCUCAGAUCCUUGAAACAAACAGAAUUCUCAAACAAAUAGUUGGUGUGUGCACACAGUCUAGUGUACUAAAGAAAGUAAAUAUUUUUCACAGCCUUCACCUGUUUUGCUGUUAUAUGUUGGUCCACAAGUUCAAUUCCAAGUGCACUGGGAGGUUUUAUGCAGUUGUUCCACUAGUUUGAAAGUAAUGUUUGAAAGAUGGUGAAAUCUACCCAGUGCUAAUUUGACCCAUGAACUUCAAAAAUAUCGCAUUCUGAAUUUCCUGUCUGCCCUAUCAACUGAUCUCAACCUGGCGUUGUGGGCAGUUAUAGUUGGGCAGAGCAUCUCAUGAAGUCUUCUUCUUUCGUGUCCAUCUUCCAUGUUUCAAAUGUUGAAAUCGCUGUCAUCGUCCGUCAUGAAAAGGACACAAGCUUCCGGCGACAAUCAGUGGGAGCCAUCACUUGUUGCAAUAGAUGAUGGUGUUAGUAGAAUUAGCUCAGGAUACUUCCAGUUCCCAGCCCCGCGACAUGGACGCUUCUGCUAUGGGUCCAUCUCAUGAAGUGAAAGGGACACUAUUGUUGGUGUUGCUCGUCCUGAUGAAAGUCCAUUAACCUGUAUGUGAAGUGGACAAGUCAGGAUUACGUUCGUUUACAACAUCUUACUUCCACUCACCCCUAUAUCCAACAACCUGCAGCCUAUUCAAAAGAAGAUCUAGGAAAGACUGGUGGCCACUGGAAGGUGAUGAGCUUUGUGCAAUCAUAUAACAGCAAGUGGGAGAGCAAGGAUGGUAUAGAACAAGCUAUAACCAAAAGGAGUAAACGUUGGGUAAUGAAAGAAUUCCAGAAAACUUUGCAGAGAAUAGCAGCAAUUGGCCUAUCUCAGCUGUUUUUUUUGCAAAAUCUUCAGAUUAUAAAAUUGCAAAUCUUCAGGUUUUCAGCAUCUGCUCCCUUGUCCUCGGACUACUUGUUUUACAACUCAUUGAAAAUUAUAGUGUUUGGGGGGGGGGGGGGGGGGGGGAAUUGACUGGUUUAUUGAAAGUAGGUCACUAAAUGGCAUGGGGCUCACUAGCCGCUGGGGAGAUGUUUCAAGCUUUCAUCGGGAUUUUGUCCGCCGUAUUUUCCAUGUGUUGUGAACCCCGUUUUCAAAUAGGGUUGAAUUGAGGCAUUCAUUGGAAAUCAAUACUUGGAUUUGAGUGGUGCUUGUGUCAAUGGCAGAGUUAUCUAUGUCUGAACACAGCUGGAUCUUUCAGACUAUUGGUUGCAUUUUGACAAGUGAAGAGAAUUUUAAAGAGUAAGCCUGGCUUGUACACAUUGCUCACCUACUGUUUGGUAUGGUAGGUUGUUCUAGAAUUUGCAGUAUUGAGAGUCUAUUUCAUUUGCACAAAGUGUCAUUGUAAACCAGAUUCUCCAAGCAUGGAAACUCCGCUCUUCUGCAAAUUUGUAAAUUCUGUUCAUCACUUCUUUGAGGGUGUCAAAGAUAAUUCUGAUACUUUUACUGCCUUAAAUCUUUCAGAGUGCUGGCUUCUGCGACCGCAUGCCAAACCAGAGAAAUGGCUUUUUAAAAAAUAAUUGAGUAUAGUAGACCAGUGUCAGUUUGUAUAAAGUACCACGUGAAAAUAUUUAUUUCAUGCAUUGGAAAAGAAUUGUUUACUUAAUGAAUGUUACCUGUUAAUGUAGAGAUCUUUUAGAUGUAAUAAAGCAGCAGAAAGUU